GAUGUGCGGGGAAUGGCUGGGUUGGCCCUUCUCGCUUCCCGUCGGGGUUCGCGUUCGUGGAAACUUCCCUGGGCUGCUGCGGCCGGUGGGCUGAGGGGAUACGGAGGCAGCGGCGGCGGCAGCGUCAUGCCUAAGAAGGGGAAAGCACAGAGUAAGGAUAUAGUAAAGUCUUCGGUUCCUUCAGGCCCUGUGGCAACAGAUAAAAGCGGCUCUGUUACCAUCUCUGUCCAUGCCAAACCUGGCUCCAAACAAAAUGCUGUAACAGAUGUGACGACAGAUGCAGUCGGUGUGGCCAUUGCUGCUCCUCCAUCCGAAGGGGAGGCCAACGCAGAGCUAUGUCGCUACCUCUCUAAGGUCCUCGAGGUUAAGAAGAGCGAGGUUGUGUUGGAGAAGGGAGGCAAAUCUCGAGAAAAAGUAGUGAAGAUUUUGGCACCAGUGACUCCCGAUGAAGUUUUAGAGAAACUGAGAAAAGAAGCUGCCAGCUGAGACAUUUCCAAAGCAACAAAUGAGAAAAGUCGUCUCAGCAGGUCGUUUUGCUGAAGGUGAAGGACAAAGGUUAUACACAGGAGAGCACAUUUUAAAAGGUGGCAGAGAAGCUCAACGUGCCUCUGUAGACAACCGCAAAGAUGAAUUUAAGAGAGAUCACAAGGUGUGGAUACACUUAAUGUCAUAACACAAGGUACAAAAGCUAAUGUUAUUUGAGAGAGCCUCAGGACUCCCAAGACUUCAUUAAUUGGAAAAGAUGAAAAUUGUGGUAUAACAGAUAUUAUUUUAUUGCCAGAAUUUAUAUACUGCUUAAUUGACGUAAACCUCUUAAGUGGCUUACAUCGGACCAUAGCAACUAUUCAUUAAAAUCACCAAUAAAAACAAAUGUUAAAAACCAGCUGACAUAGCAUUGAUGAGGAUAUAAAUAAAACCAACAGUUUUUAAAGCAGAUACACAUAAAAAAAUGAUAUUCAAAUUACAUGUCUGGGUAGACUCACCUAAAGUGUGUAGCAGGUGCUGAAAUCAAUACAGCGAAGGCACCUCUCUGACAUCAAUGGGCAGGGAGUUCUGAAGAGUAGGUGCUAGCAAACUGAAGGAUCAGUGACUUGGAAAUGCAGAACAAGCAUUAUGUGGCACUUGCAAAAGUGGCAGUUCUGCAAACAGAAGUGGGCAAAUGAGCACAUUGGGCAGUGCUCUCUUUUUUUAUAUGGGGGGGGGUGGGAGAUGCCGGAACUCACCAUGAAGUUGUUAAAGUAAGUGCCGGUACCAUGUACCCUUGAGUACCCUGGGGGGAAGCACUGCAUGCCGGGCAAGGCGAUCCUUUUCGAUGGGUCACUGCUGGAAGUUCUCCAAAUAGCAUUUUUUUAAAAAAACACACACACGCACGUGUGCCUGGAAGUAGAUUACUGUUUUUGGAAGUGUUAAAAUGUUGGACAUUGUUGCCUGUGGUGUGUGCACUCAACCCAAGAGCGUCUCUAGAAAAUAGGUUUUGCAGGUUGCCGUGGUUUAAUAAUUUGUAAAACCUGUUUAGCCAAAGUCCACAGUGGGUGAAAAAUAAAUGCAUGACUACACCAAGGGGAACAAGGCUUCUGUCCAUUCUGCUCGCAGAUCCCUUAGAAAUGAUUAUCUGCCUUCAAACUCGGUGCCUGGACAACAUUUGGAAGACCCGUUUUGUUCUUGUGUUAGUAAAAAUCUCUCUCCUGUAGUAUAUUAGUAUACUUGCUGCCGUUUGCUAUGCUUCAUAUCUGCAUAUGAGAAACCAUUGCCAGUCUCUCACCUGUAUCUAUUGCAAUGAAGAUGGAACUGUAUGAACUUUUUCUCCCUCUGCUGUUCCCCAUCCACAAGCUAGGGAGAAACAUCUCAUAAGAGAAUGCGAAUUCUGAUCUUGCUAUGUUCUGCCUUUCCAGCUCUCCUUUGGAAUUAAUGUUUUCUGACUGCAUGUUUCAAAACUGGGUUUUCUGGUUCUUUGCUUUCCCAUCCUAUUGGGUUUCCUGCCUUGUUACAUGGCCAAGGGUGCCUUAGGUACUGAGGCGCUCAUUUCAAAAUACAGCAGGCCUGACACGCUGUCAGCUCGAUGAUUUGUGUCUGCCAGAGACUCCCACUUAUACCACUGAUUCCAUGGUUUGUCAAAUAGCAGUGUACAGCCAACGGGACUUUCUGUGUGGCCAUUGAGCUGGAGGAUAUUCACUCCUUUGACCUGUACUGGAAAAGUAAGGGGCUUCCCUUGGGGAAAUGCUGUGAGCAGGGGGGCGGGGACACACUGCCUGCGAUCUUGGAGACAGUGGGGACUGGGAUAUGGCAGCAACUGGCCUCUCUGGGACUUGGAACUGAGAAAAAAAGCAGCUUUCAAAUCUCUGCCACCAAUCAGUGGAUUCCAGUCUCAACUAAAACCCAGCUUGAUCAUCACCUCAUUUGUCUCUCUUGCUUUUAUUCAUUUAUGUUCUUUCUCAUGUUCUCUGUGUCUCAGUGGCAGCAAGAACUCUGAUAUGAAUUACUUAUCAUUUUUCCAUGCUAAGGCUGUCAGAAAGUCCGCUGCAAUGCUAUGUAAGUUCCCUCAUAAGUCAGUCCCAGCCUGUGUUAGAUGAGGUUUCCUUCCAGGAAAGUUUGCAUAGGAUUGUGCUUUAGCUGAUUUACCACAAUUGCCUGAGUUUUGAUUGUCUGAUUUACUUUUCCCCUUGCACUAUUUAGGCAGGCUUCCCUUUUAAUUUUGUGGUUCACCUUAAAUGACUGUGUUCAUGUUCUUCUUCUUGCUGAGUGGUGCAGUUAAGUAAUUUUGGACUCUGGACUUAAUGGUCUUUAGAUGAUUAAUGCCUAGGCCAUCACUUAUAUCAAGAGUGGUUAAACCACCCCUGCUGCUUCCUGCUCAUUCUUUUCUUUGAGACCCUGGACCACAGUCCUGUAUUGACUGCACCACCAUAGCUGCCAAGUUAUCCCUUUUUAAAGGGAUUUUCCCUUAUGCUGAAUAGGCUUCCUCGCGAGAAAAGGGAAAACUUGGCCGCUAUGUGCACCACUGUUCCUUCCUACUUAAAAUGAUUCACUUAUUCCCCCAAAUGCUACCCUCUUUAUAUUCUCUGAAUCAGUCUUUCAGCUGCUUUUGUUUGCAUCCCUCUCCUCCUUCCUGCACAAAACCUCCCAUUGCAUUAUUUUUAUUUUGCUCUCCAUGCUCUCCUUCAUCCAUCUUAAUAAGCCGUUGAAAUUGACAUCUUUUUCAGUAACCUGCAGCUGCUAUUUUACUGGGAAGUAGUAACCCCAAGAAAGCUAGGAACUUUGUCUUCAUUACGUCCCCUUAUUCUUAUUAUUUCCACUUUGGGUGCCUCUAAAACGGCCUUCACCAGCUGAGCUUCGGUUUAUUGCAGCUUCCUCUGUUCUGCAUCUUAAAAACUUUUCUUUUCACAAGAUCCAUUGUUCUAUUUGCAUACUUUCACUCUAGCUGUUUGGUCCCUUGUUCAGGAGCACAGUCACUUACAAACCAUUUGCGCUCCAAAAGGUUGCAAACGGGAAAGUCCAGAAUAGCCCUUUUGGCACCGGGAAGCAAGGAGCAACCUGGAUUCAUUUAGCAGCUUCCUCUGAAAAUGAGCCCUCGGCGCCCCAACCUGCGGGGUCGCGGUUUCGCCCAAAACCUGACAUCGUCCGUUCACUUGAAAACGGUGCCAAACACUGGCAAAUGGCCUCCUGCAAUGUUUGGCCUGGCAAACCCCAUGUUUCACAGUAGGCCAUAAAAUGAGCUCUCAGCGCACUAAGAAAGGCUUCAUUUCAGGUGGCAAUGAAGACAUAGGAUACAUGCAUCAGGGCCAGGCUUUGGGGCAGAAGUCCAGAACUCAGCUAGAUAGGCAGGAGGGCCCCAAAUGCAGCAGGAGCAGCUUGCUGAAUUUUGAAGUAAGUGGAGAAACAUAUAUUGCCAUCUGGGGACUACCACCCUUUGUCAGAACAUUAAGUGCAGAGUCUAAAAUGGUCUUAACUGCACCACUGGGAGCAAGGAGCUAUAUCACCCACUGGAAAGCUUCCUGCCUUCUGGAGUUUCAGUUAGCCAUGCCCACCAUUUCUUUGUAGCCAGAAGAAGUGAGUCUUACGGAUUUUUCUUUUAUUGUUCUCAAAAAAAGCAAGCUGACUUUUAGUAUGUCAUUUCACACACCGCAUUCUGUACAAAUCACUGCAUACACACAGCCCUGCUGUGUUUUCAUGAUAAAGUUUUGCCUCUUCCCUGAAACCCAGACUCAUCCGUCUAAUGUGAGUCUGCAAGCAUUCUAUCUGUUGAAGGGUCUCUUGGCAACCUGCAGAUUCAGAAAUUGCCCUUUUUGCCACCUGCACCAUCAGCAGAAGGCCGGCUUGCCUUGACUUUUAGAACUGGGCUGGGGUUUUACAGCUCCCCGCUAGCAUUUACCCUUUUGCAAAGUGCACAUCUCAGGGCUUCUAAUGCAUCUGACAGCUCAGAAUCCAGAGUACAUCUCAGGUCUCGGCUGCUCACCAAAUGACAUCCUGCUGGAAGCGAAAUUGCAAUGAAACAACUAGAAGGCACUUCCCCUUUCCCCCAGAAGAGAAUUGUCAAGCAGUCUUUGGCUGCCUUCUCUCUCUCUC